AUGCCGGCUCUGCUGAUUAUGGUGAGCUCAGUUGCGAUCCCCGACGCCAUGAUCGUCUCGAAGAUCUUUCCGAUCUAUGCGCAGGCGGCGACUUAUGCAGAGAGCAUUUUGGGCAGCAUCCGAGCUGUCAAGACUUUCGGAAUAGAGUCCAGAAUCAUCCAAAAGUACACAACUUACCUCGUUUCCGCAUGUCGACUGGGUAACAAGAAAAGCCCUCUCUACGGAGUUAUGUUCGGUGGACAGUACUUUAUCAUUUAUGGCGGGUCAGGGCUCGCCUUCUGGCAAGGAAUUGAAAUGGUAGCACGUAAAGAGGUUGACGGCGUUGGGACAGUGCUCACUGUUAUGUUUUCUGUCCUCGUUGGUUCUACAAUCAUCACGGCAGUAGUACCCCACAUGGUUGUGUUCAGCCGCCCAGUCACUGCCACUUCUAAGCUUUUUGCUCUCAUUGAUAGAAACUUGUCGAUUGACCCUUUCAGUGAGUCAGGAACCAAGCCUAAGAAAGUAUCCGGGGCGAUCGACAUCGACAGCGUCAGCUUCAGCUACCCCACCAGACCAGAUGCCCAGGCAGGUGCUGAAGGACUUCUCGUUUCGAGUCCCCGCAGGCAAAGUCACGGCUUUUAUUGGUACAAGCGGACCUGGGAAAAUCGGUACAUCUUGGGCCACCGGGUUGAAUCGAGUGCUCAGGCCAUUACUGAGCUUAUGGGAUUCAACGUGGCUUUGUGCUUUAUGGCUCUGAUUAACGUUUUAGCAAGCAGCAUACUCUCCAUCGCCGUCUCUUGGAAGCUCGGUCUUGUGGAAGCGUUCGCCGACGUGCCGCCGUUGUUGCUUUCAGGCUACGCUCGCAUCCGCAUCGAGAAGAAGAUGGAUGCCGAUAUCGAUGCGAAGUUCUCCGCCAGCGCUUCAAUUGCCUCGGAAACCACUAGCGAGCUCGAUGAUACGGUAUCAAAUUCGACCUUGCCUCUGUUCAAGUUGAUGGUCUGGUUCGCGCUUACUCAAUCUGUCGAAUAUUUCAUCCUCGGACUUGGGUUCUGCUAUUCAUACAACGAAAACAAGGGCGAGGGUCUUGCAGUCGGCUGCCAUUCGAUCGACUUCCGUGAUGUGCAAUUCUCGUAUCCAUUGGCACCCGACCAUCGAGUUCUGAAGGGCGUUUUACUCAAUCCGACACUAUUUCCUGGCACCAUCAGAGAGAAUAUCAAAGCAGGCAUCGACUUCGAGGCCCACGAGGAAGCCGCGGCGGAUGACAGCGUUGUCGAAGCAGCGUGCCGUGCAGCCAAUGCCUGGGACUUUGUCAGUUCUCUCCCCGAAGGGCUCAACACGCCGUGCGGACUUGGCGGAAGUCAACUUUCCGGUGGCCAGAGACAGAGGAUCGCCAUAGCAAGGGCCCUGGUGCGCAACCCCGAUGUCAUCCUGCUAGAUGAGGCAACAAUUGCGUUAGACACGGAGUCCGAGAAGGUUGUUCAGAAGGCGUUACUAGAGGCGGCGGGCACGGGCAACCGUAUCACCAUUGCUGUGGCGCUUCGCCUGUCCACAAUUCGCGAUGCCGACAAGAUUUGUGUCUUCUAUGGCGGUCUGAUUGUUAGACCGAGACGCAUGAUGAGCUCAUCGAGCAAGGAGGGAUGUACAAGAAAAUGUGCGAGGCGCAAAGCUAUGAUAGGGCAGCCCAAUGAGAUCGAUUGA